CAGGCGACAUUCGCGGCAUUUAUACCGAGUUAUACUCUUUGGUACUGGCUGGCAGGCGGGUUGGCGCUUGUAACCACUUGUUUGUGUUUUCCUGACAAACGCGUUGUCAGCUGUAGGAGUUGCAGUUUUGUUCCUGAUAUGAGCUCAACAGGUCUUCCGAAAACCGUGCUAUCAUCUCCGACUCAAAGUGAAUCGCAAGCUUCUGAACUUAGUACUACUUCUCUAAAUUCUGAAUUAGUUCAUUUGAAAUUUGAGCAUUCGUUCGACCAAUGCUUAUUGCAGAUGCAGCGUGAUGCUCAUAACAAAAGAAUGAAACUCUUGAGAAAAGAAUUGGAUUACAUUCAAGUUACUGCAUGGAAAUAUCCAGUCAUUGACAAGUAUAUAGGGCAAUAAAACAAAUUUCUUAGCAGUUAAAAUGUUUCCAAUUUUAAAAUCCCUUGUAAAUUAUGUCAUUGGUCAAAAGACAUUUGUUUCGGAUGUGGGAGAAGCAAAAGCAAGUAUUACAACCAUUGAUGAAUCUCCAAUUGAUAUCAAUCAGACCGACAAAAGUGCCUCUGAUGAAUUUGAUAAUGAUGCACUUUCAAUUGCUGAAUUAGAGAAGGAAAUAAGAGUUAUUGAAGGAUGGGAAGAAGAGACUUGGAAGAAUGAUUUGGAAUGUAAGGUUGAUGAAAAAAAUACAAUCACUAAAACUGAAGCGAAUAAUACAACACAGAGUCAGUUUGUGAAUCAUGGUAAAAAUUUAAGUGAUCUAAAAAGUGAAAUUAUUCAUCUAGAAAAAAAUGAUUUACCAAGUGAUCUUCAACUGUGUCAGUACAGAAUUGGGACAGUUACAAAUAUUUCUGAUGAUUAUGCAAUUAUUGAUCAUGAAUUAAGUUUUAUGUACAAACAUGUUCAGAAUAAAAAAAUACAAAAGGGUGACAGAAUUAAUUACAUUGUAUUUCGAAGGCAUGUUGAUGAAGAAUGGCAAUUGCACAAGGUCUUAGAGACUGCUGAUGAAAGUUGGGAGGAGAAAUGUAAGGAAACGAAGACUGAAAUAGUUAAGUCAUCUGGAGCCAUAAACAGAAAGAUGAUUGGGCAAGUGGAAUCAAAGGAUGGCCGAGAAGUCUAUGUAAAGCCUAAUAUCAAGUUUUUAUUGGACGAUGUCAGGUGUGAUUUUAUUCCAUAUGAAGGUGACUGGCUUUCUAUAAAUGCCUUUGUGGAAUUGGAUGGAAAUGUUCAAGAUUUUGUUGGUGAAAUUCUUGCUAUAUAUGAUGUUCAGCCUCUCAGAUCUAGAAUUGUGUCUGGGUUAGUUACUGCUUGGGAUGAAAAUAAAAAGGAAGGAAUUAUUGAUGGAAGUAUAUGGUUCGCUCAGAGUGAAUGUGAACCAGAAUAUGUACCAGCUGUGGAAGAUUCGGUUGUUGUACAGGCCAUUGAAUCUACCCAUGGAACAUGUACAUGGAGAGGGCUGAGUAUUGCAUCUUUAGAAGAAAAAGAAUCCAAAAAUGGAGUAAAUAAAACAACCAAAGAUGUUCCUUCAUGUAUUAAGAAUGGAAUAUCAGUUCCAAGGAGAAUUGAUGUUGGGUGUGUGAGUUAUGGUCAGUCAAAAGAGUGCACAAUAGAAAUGUCUAAUUUAGGAAAAGAUCAUCAUUUAUUAUUACGUGGAAGAUUUCAUGGAAAGAGAAGUGAAUCUCAAAUUACGUUGUUGAGCAAAAUUGAUGAUGGAACCAUUAUUGGGCCUGGACAAAAUAUUUCUUGUCGUUUUCGUGUAAAUGGCAAAUUUAUUGGUCAUUCUUGUGAGAUAUUUGUAUUUACAUUCAAAGGCUUUAAAAUGACUUGCAAUAUAAAUAUUGAAGUACAAGAUCUUAAUUUGACUGAUCUUAUUGAUCGCAAGCAAGUAGGUAGAAGAGGUUGGAUGGAUACUUAUGCUAGAACUCGGAACGGUUUUAAUUCAAGAUCUGGUAUUAUAAUGAAGGGUAUUCAGCCAGUGAAACCUCCGGCCUUUGUGCCUGUAAGAUUUGGUAUAUUUACAGUGCCUGAAUAUAUGUGGAAAGCUGUACUUGCUGAAGAUAACAAAGACUGCACAAUUGCAAAGAUUGUUUCUCGUCUCGGAGAAGUUGUGCCUUGUUUGAAAAGAGAUUUAUCUGCAAACAACUACAAUUCUCGUCUUCAUUCUCUCCUUUAUUUGGAAGAAAUUGAAUUGAGUAUUCGUUUGCAUGAAUAUGAUAUGGAGAAAACAACAUUGUCAUUUGUUGGAGAAUAUCUUAGUUUGGAAGUUCCAGGCCUUGCAGAAAAACGACCUUCGGUAUUAGUUGGAGACAAAGUGGAUGUUGAAAGUUCCAAUCAACAAGGUCAUGUUUAUGAAGGUUUCGUUCAUAAAGUGUGUGCAAAUGCUUUGUUGUUAAAAUUUCACUCUCAUUUUCAUCAGACAUAUGAAUCAGAAGAAUGUAAUGUCCGUUUUGUUUUGAACAGAGGGCCACUUCGAAAGUGUCAUGUUGCUGUAGAUUUGGCUCUAAAACAUUUAGGAGAGUAUGUAUUAUUUCCAAACUGCAUAAAAUUACGAGAUCCGCAAAUAAGUUUAGAAGAGAAUGAAGAAGGGAGUGCAGAUAUUUUAUAUAAUAACCAUAACAGAUACCGUGCUUCAAGGAAAAUUCCUUUGAUGAUUGCAAAGCCUCCUGUGGAGAACGGUGCUCCAGUUUAUCAGGAAACGGGUAAGCAGUAUUUAACGACUCUUCCUGCUCCAAGACUACCAAAGAAAGCUGUUAAAUUGAGAUGGUUCAAUAGUAAUUUAAAUUAUUGCCAAAAAGAAGCUGUUCGAAAUGUUCUCAAGGGAGAAGCAAGGCCUCUUCCAUAUGUUAUUUUUGGGCCACCAGGCACUGGUAAAACAAUGACGCUUAUUGAGACAAUUCUUCAGAUAUACAUCCUAAUUCCAGAUAGCAGAAUUCUUGUGGCAACACCAUCCAAUAGUUCUGCCAAUUUAAUUGCAGAACGCUUACUGAUUUCUCAGUUGCUAAGUCCUGGAGACCUUGUGCGUUUGGUGGCUUAUCAUUGUUUAGAGGAAGGAACAGUGCCAGAAAUAUUACUUCCUUAUUCAACAGCUUGUGAUUUAAAUAGUACUAAAGUUGGGGAGACUCAUCCUGUUACAUACAAGUUGAAGAAAUCAUCAAAUGCAUCUGUUCUGGGUCGGCACCGCAUUACAGUUGGAACAUGUAUAGCUCUGGGGCAACUUUACUCGAUGGGAUUUCCGAGAGGUCACUUCACUCAUGUGUGUGUAGAUGAAGCAGGACAAGCCACUGAACCAGAAAUACUUAUUCCUUUGUGUUUCCUUCAUAAAGAUUGGGGUCAAGCAAUAUUGGCUGGAGAUCCUCUUCAACUGGGUCCUGUAGUGAAUUCCAGAGUAUGUUCUGAGUUUGGUCUUGGCUACUCGUAUCUUGCCAGAAUUCUCAACUCUCAUCCUUAUCAAAGGGAUACUAGUGCCUUUUCUCAGUUUUAUGGUUAUAAUCCCAAGCUUGUUACAAAACUUGUAAUGAACUACAGAUCUCUGCCUGAGAUAUUAAAUCUUCCGAGUACUCUGUUUUAUGAUUCUCAGUUAAUACCACAGGUGCUAGAAACAGGGCAAGAAGGAGCAAUUUUGAGGAAGCUUGCAAAAUGUCUACCCAAGCGAGACUCAGCAUUGCCCCCAAGUGUUAUAUUCCAUGGAGUGCGUGGUGUAAAUUUUCAGGAUUCAGAUUGUCCAUCUUGGUUUAAUCCUCAAGAAUUAGUGCAGAUAAUAUAUUAUUUAAAAGAUUUCUUAGAUGCUGGACUCACACCUGAUGAUAUUGGAGUGAUAACACCAUAUCAAAAGCAGGUGCAGAAACUGCGGUCUCUUUUAAAUCAGUUGGAGCUGCCAUCUCCGAAAGUUGGAUCAGUGGAAGAAUUUCAAGGUCAAGAGCGUCUAGUGAUUCUUCUGUCAACUGUCCGAAGUUCUACCAAACAUGUUGAUUCAGAUAUUCGGCAUUCACUAGGAUUUGUGGCUUCUCCCCAGAGACUUAAUGUGGCUUUGACAAGAGCAAGAGCUUUACUUAUAAUCAUUGGCAAUCCCCAUCUACUUUCACGUGAUGCAUACUGGAAGAAGACAUUGGCGUAUUGCAUUGACCAGAAAGCUUAUGUUGGAUGUGAUGUACCAAAAGAGUUUAUGGAUUUUUCUUGUGUUUCCAAAUGAUAUGCGUGGAUGAAUUCUUUGACAUUCACUGAAACAUUUUGUGAUUUCUUCUGUGAGAUAUUUUAUUUGAUUUAUUUGUAAUUAAAAUUACUUAUACCAAUGACUCCUUAAAUGUUUUACCCAAGAACCUUUUUUAGUGUUAUUUUUUUUAUAUGUGUAACCUGUGUCAUGUUCUAAUUAAAGUUAGUGUAAUAACCUGGAGUGGUGGAACGAAAGGGUACACAAGUUUUCAUAGCUUAAUUCGUCCUACGCUUUUCUUCAGAUUGUAUGUUUUUUUAAAUAAACUAUUGGGGAAUAGAAAGAAUAACAUUGCAUUUAUUAGUGUUAAUGGAAAUUAGUACAAAUGGAAAUGAAGAUUUAUAUAGCAGCUCAGCGUUUUUAUAGACGAGGUAAACAAUCAUUAUGAAGUUAAUGAUAUUAUUAAUAAUAGAGAUAACCAGUUUGGAUAUCUUUAGUAAAGUUCAAAUUUUAGAAUUAAUUUGUGUAAAUUAUUGACAAAAUAGUUGCCAUGAGGUUGGAUUUUGAAUUUAAAAUUCUGGUAAAACUUGUCUGAAACCCUUUCCUGGAAGUUUUGCAGGUGAUGUGUGAUUUGCGGGCAUUAAAAUUUUAAAUUAUUUUCAGGAUUA